AUGAAUCAAAAGGAAAGAGAAAGAAGAAGUUCGUCACUCAAAAAAAAUGGUUUUUAUGGCAACAGAGAUUACGCGAUGUAAACUGUGUAAAAGAGGAUUUAAUACAAUAUCAAUCGAAAAUAGAAAAAGAAAAAUAAAUAGAAGGAGCAGCAAGGCAAAGGUCAAUCCAUGUCUUAAUUUACUUAAGAAGAGGAUAAUCGAGUCCUUAAAUUGGUCCAGGAGUUAGGACCCAAAUUCAUGAAAAUAGCUCCAUUCUUCCCUAACAAAUCAUAUAGCAUGGUAAAAAAUAGGUAUUACAAACACUUGAGAGACAAAUAAUAAGACAUAUGCAAAAUGAGUUGUGAUACAAAAAUUGAAUAAGAAACUAUGUCUUACAAACCUAAUGAGAAACUUGAUGAGUUAAAUAAGCUAAUUCUUUCUAUAAAUCUAUCUCCAGAACUCACUUCAUUAACCUAAACCUUCCUUUAGCACAUUCAGAACUGUCUAACUUGA